CCAGUCAAUCCUAAAGAUGCGCAUUCAAAGCACAUUAGCCUAAUUGCUGAAUUAAGUGAAUUGAUGCUGAAGUAGUAUAAAUGUCCCAUUUGAACGCUGUACUUUGCAUUUAAUCUUAAAGCACGUUUAGACCAAUGUCUUAGAUAAAAUGAGCAAGCCUACUAGGUCACCGGGGGUGGAAAGUGGAUCGAAGCUCUCGACCACUCUGUCCUCGACACGCGGGCAACACGAGUCAUCAGCUCAGAUGACAGCUGAUAAUGAGCAAAUGUCAAAGAGAGACCGUCAGUGUGACACAGCAGGUGAAACAACGACUAGUUUAACAAAGACAUCAGCAUCUGAUCAGCAUAUGAUGGGAGCUCCAGGCCAUAACUGCUCUGACUCACCUGAGGUAAUGGAGGUCCAGACAGUAGAUGGCAGAGUCAUCACCGUUGCCAACACAGUGACUCAAACAGACUGGGACUGGUUGGUACGCAGGCAGCAAAAAGACAGCUCCUCAGUGCAUCUGGUGGUUGAGGACCUUGUGGAAACACCAGCUGAAGAGUUAACAGCUGACCUUAGAGGACUUGUGAUUGCUCCAGAUUUUGAGAAUGUGGAGGAGAUGGAAAGGCAGCAAGAGAAGAAGCUAUAUGGAAUACCUGACGUGGGACCUCCCUCACUGCUGGCCUAUAGACCUGAGUCCAAACAGCCUCCGGUCCUGUACAAGAGCCCUGCUGUAUUGCGUCUGAGACAGCCAGAGAUGAGCACAGACAGCAUUCUGUGUGACUACUGCCACCAGCCGAGCGAGUCCUUCAUCAGUCGAGCGCAAUUAGAGAACACUCCUGAAUCAGAACCGCGUUUCUGCUGUGAGAGAGCCCAGGCGGUGAGGAUGCUGAUCCUGGAGGAGGAGAGGGCUCUGGCUGAUCUGGAGCUGGAUAAGAAAAUUGAUGUCGGUCCUCAUGCACCAUUCAUGAGUAAACACCAGAAAAGGGCGGCCAAGGAACGAGCGGAGCAAAGGUUGAGAGAAUUUGAGAUUCAAAGAGUGCAAACUCUUGGCAAUCAGAAAUGUUUUUUCUCAGGUGGCCAGCAGAUCAAAACAAUCUCCUACAGGCUGUCUAAUGGAGACUGGACCAUCCGUGAAGAGCCCGCAUUUCACCAAGUUGAUCCAGAGACGGGUGACUUUUUCAGUGUGCAGGGAGCAGCACCUGUGACAUACACGAAAAAAGUGCUUGUGAGGUCCUAUCCGGAUGCAGGCCCUUUCCUUACUGUAUUCCCAGAUGGAACUGGCAAUGUCUUUUACCCCUCUGGUUGCAUAGCUAUCUCAAUUUCUUCCGUCGGUGGAGGUGAUUUUACAUACACAGUCUUGGAGGACAGUCCAUCCCAACCUAAUAUACUGGCCAUCUUCACAUCCAGAGGGCACUCAACAUGCUAUCAUCCUAAUGGACUCAUUUGGGUGAAUCUGACCCAGCUUGAGGGGCUCCAGUGCAGUGAGGCUGGUGCUCUGAGACAGCGCUGGAGCUGGCAUGACCUUGAGCCGCACAUCCAUCCUCUCCCAUUCCAGCCUCUCUAUCUCUCCCUCAAUCCCUUUAUCAGCCUCCGCAUACUAACGCAGGAGCGCAUCCACCUCACCUUUAGCCACUGCACGUGCCGGGUGCGCUUCAAUGUGGGCGCCAAGCUCAAGCUUACGUACCCAGAAGGCCUAGCACUGCCAGGGCCAGACACCCUGCAGAAGCAUCUCCAAAUUAAAUGUCUGGAGAUUUACUCUCUCUUGGACAGAAUCCAGACACACAUCGCCUAUCAGCACAUGCCCAGUCACCAGAACAUAAAGCCCCUCUACGGACUCAUCGCCCAAAUGGAGAGACUGAGGAGACAGGUGGACCGGCAGACUCCACCAAGGAAGUUAAAAACGCCAGUGCCACCGAAAGAAGCAUAA